UUUCUCUAAAAAUAGAGAUCUCAAAGCUUAUUUGCCGGAAGCUAUACGUCCCCGGAUCUUCCUAUCAGAUUCAUCUAUGAUAUAAAGCAUCUAGCAUGAACGGAUACCCAUUCAAAUGACCAAUGAAUGUUGGAUAACGAUGGUGAAACUACGUGUAUCCGUUGUUUUAAUAUUGCUCGUGUCUGUCAACUUGGUGGAACCGCUAGUACAGGAGGGUUUAUCUAAAUUUUUAGGAUCUAUAACCGGCAUUAAAAACGUGAGGAUUCCUGAAUUAUUGAAUCAAUUGUGUAAUCAAUCGCAAGGAUCAAACACAACUCGUCGAGACGCGUGUUACGGAUGCUUCUUCAGGGCUACCAGUCAAACCGUUGGAUACCCUUUGUUAAUGGCUAUCUCGAAUUGUGCCGAUAUUUACCUGAAUAACACCGAUUAUGGCCACUGUCAACAGUACUUGAGAAACGCUACGAGCAUGAUGAAUUCAAGAACGAGUGCCACGACGAUAUAUUGCUCGUUUCUCGAAUGCGUUCGUCAAGUAAACAAGGAUACUUUGCUCAGGGAAUGCGUCGGCGAGGCCGUAAGAAUGUUCCCCAAUUUCAACGUGACGGACGUCAAGUUAGCCCAAUUAUACGUGAACACGACCGCGUGUGUGCUGGCGAAAACACGUUGCUCUCAAAUGAACCCGAUAACCGGAGAAUUUCAAGAAGACGAUCUGGCCAAUAAGCUGAACAUACCCACGGUGAACGCGGUGCUGGUCAACACGAAUUACGACAUCAACAUCGUACAGCUACCAUUCCAUUCCAGUUCCAUCGACGUUUGCGCAAAAUAUAGAAACUACGAGCAGGCCAGCUGGCCAACCGUCAUGUGUUGAUUGAAAUUUUCUCGUUUAGCAUGGCCUAGAAACGAUGGCCAACCCUGAUCAAUUUACAAUUACGGCAUUAACCUAUUUAAUAAUCGCAUUGUUCUAGAGAUAGAUCAGAUUGAAUGGAAACCUUGAAACUCUUCGAAACUUUUCACUAUUUCUACAUUAUAGUUCGAUACUCGAAGAAAUUGGA